UUUGGGCUUACAUUAAAUUUUAUUGGUUUUAUUAAAACUUGGGUUGAUUGGAUAGUUCUUUGCUGUGUUAGCCCAUGUUGUUGGUGAUCAAUUGUUAAUGGGCUUAGCAUCUGUGAGUAAAGUCUAGGUGAAGCAGAAGUGUGGGCUUUUUUAGUUGACUGAAGCCUUUGAUGAGCAGGCCCAGCCCAACUAGGGUUUUGUAGCUAAGUCCCCUCCCUAACUCUAUAAAUACAUAUUGUCUCAUCACAAUUGUAUACCUUUUGAUAAUCAGAGAAAAUAAACUGCUUCUGAUUUAGAGAUCUAGGGAGGAAGACUUAGUUGAUAGUAUUGCACUAUCAAAUUGGAGUAACUGCUGUGGAUCAAUCAGAGAUAAUUGCUAUGGAUCAAUCAGUCUCCUUUUCUGUGAACAACAAUAAUGCUUCCAUCCAUAUUUUGAAUGCUUCCAACUACAAGACAUGGAAACGAGAUGUGGAAUUUACUUUAGGCAUAAUGGAUAUGGACUUGUGCCUACGAGAAGAAAAACCUGCUGAACUUACUGACUCCAGUACAGCUGCCGAGAGAACUCAUCAUGCACAAUGGGAAAAGUCAAGUCGACUUAGUCUUCUUACUAUGAAAAGAUCCAUUCCUGAACAUCUAUUGAGUGGUUUGCCAGACACUACAAAUGCCAAAGAGUUUUUCAAUGCUGUAGAAAAAUUAUACGACACUGGUGAAAACGCUGAAGCUGGACAUCUUAUGGAUGAAAUGACAACCAUUAAGUAUGAUGAAUUAAAAGGAGUGCGAGAUUUUAUUCUGAAAUUGGUGAAUGUUCAGUCCAAGUUAAAAGAUCAUAAUAUUCCUCUUCCUGACUCUUUCAUUAUUCAUCGAGCUCUUCAUGCUCUUCCUGCCUCUUUCAGCCUUAUCAAGACAAAAUUUCUACAACACAUACAAUCAAACAUGGACUAUCGCCGACCUAAUUUCUCGAUGUGUAUUUGA